AUGAAACAGCCAACUGAUACAGUCGUGUCUCAUAGAGCACAGGAUGCAUCUACAGCAGGGUCCAAGAACCUCAUGUGGGACGUGCUGAGCAAUCUAUGGUGUGCAUCAACCAACCCAGAUGGAUUCUUCAACGUUGGAGUAGCUGAGAACUCCCUCAUGCACGAUCAACUCUUGAGUUUCAUCAAUAAAAAACUCGACCUGCCGGCCAAAUAUCUCACAUACAACGAAGGAGGAUCCGGGUCCUUGAGACUGAAACAAGCAUUAUGCCAGUUCCUCAACCGCCACCUACAUCCCGCAGUUCAUUUGGACCCUCAUCACAUAAUUGUCACAAACGGUGUCUCUCCCGCAAUCGAGCACGUCUCGUGGGCAUUCACAGACCCCGGCGAAGGGAUCCUCCUGGGAAAGCCGUUUUAUGGAACUUUCAUACCGGACAUGUCGUUGCGACCCGGUGCCACUGUCAUCCAGGUCAGCUUUGGAGACUGUGAUCCAUUCAGCAUCGAGGCGGUUGACAGAUACGAGGAGGCGUUGCUGGAGUUCCAGCGGACAACACGCCAGAAUGUCAAAGCUCUCAUGCUUUGCCACCCUCAUAACCCGCUUGGACGUUGCUAUCCCACAGAAGUGAUUAUUAAAAUGAUGCAUCUGUGUCAGAAAUACAACAUGCACCUCAUAAGCGAUGAAAUAUACGCGCUCUCUGUCUGGGAAAACACUGUGGACGAGCAUGGUCAUCCACCCGUUGUGUUUGAAUCGGCUUUGUCAAUUGAUCUGAAUGGUAUCAUUGACCCUCGACUUGUUCAUGUACUAUGGGGCAUGAGUAAGGACUUUGGCGCAAAUGGACUUCGACUUGGGGUCAUCAUCUCGCAGUCCAAUAAUGUCCUCCACGAGGCAUUAAAAGGCAUCUCGCUAUACUCCUACGCAUCUGGAGUUUCUGAUUACUUAACUUCGCUCCUGCUAGAAGAUUUUGAUUUCACUGAUCAAUAUAUACGGCUAAAUCAGGAGAAGUUGUCGGAGUCCUAUGCUUGUGCAGUUCAGUACAUCAGGAAUCAUGAUAUUGAAUAUGCACAAGGUUGUAACGCGGCAUUUUUCCUUUGGGUGAAUUUGGGGGGAAAGUACUGCCAACUUCACCCCGAGGAGAGUAUUGAAGACAUUGGUGACAAAGUUAUGCAAGUUUUGUUGAAGAGGAAAGUUUUCUUGGCCAGCGGUGAUUUGUUCGGAUCGGAGCAUCCUGGAUGGUUUAGAAUUGUCUUCUCCCAGCCUCGGGAGUAUUUGAUGGAGGCUUUACGGAGGGUCACAGAUGCGCUCAAAGAUUAG